AUGUCUCUCCGCCAGCAAAUGAUCGACACGACCAGGGCCUGGGUGAAGGCACACAACGACAAGGAUGCCGAGGCCAUCAAGGCACUUACGGCCCCUGACUUUGUCGCGCACUUCUUGCCGCGCUCGCUGCCGCCGCAAGGCGACAAGGACCGUGAUGGCUACGUCCAGUUCCAGGCCGCCGCCUUCCCCAUGUUCUCGGCCUACCACGCCGCCGAGGUCGACAUGGUGGUCGACGAGACGCAGCACAAGGUCGUUGUUUACCUCGACGCCGAGGGCACGUCGGCCAUGCCCGGCGCGACCGACCCGUACCAGAACCAGUACGUCCACAAGCUGACCCUGACCGACGACGCCAAGCUGGUCAGGGUCUUCGACUCGUUUAUCGACAGCCAUUUCAUGAUGACGUUUAUGGGCAAGGUAUUUGCCGCUCAAGGCGCUGCUGCGGGUGGGAGCAAGUGA